CGGAAAUUAGUGUUAUUAUUUUUACAUGGUAAAUCUUGAAAAAUCAAAAUGGUUAUUAAGGAAUGGUUUAAAGUUACACCUGCUUUAUCGCCACCAGUGUUAAAUUGCAUUAAUAAGCAGGGAUUUAAGACAAUGACACCCAUACAAGCGGCAGUUAUUCCUCUUAUUUUGUCAUGCAAAGAUGUAGUCGCAGAAGCUGUAACUGGUUCCGGUAAAACGCUAGCAUUCGUUGUUCCUAUGCUGGAGAUGUUACUUAAACGAGAAAAAGAAGCACCUCUCCGUAAAGAUUUUGUUUACGCUGUUGUAAUAUCACCUACAAGAGAAUUAGCUACACAAAUCUUUAGGGUGAUAGAAGAGUUUCAAAAAGAACCAGAAUUAGAGCACUUUACAUUAUCUCUGCUUGUCGGAGGUAGACCCAUAGAAGUAGAUGCGGAGAGUAUGCAGAAAGGUGCCCAGAUAGUAGUUUGCACUCCUGGGCGAUUCCAAGAUUUAUUAGCGGAGAGAAAAUAUCUUAAUUUACCUGGACGACUUAAAGACCUGGAUUUUCUCGUUCUCGAUGAAGCAGAUCGUCUUCUAGACUUAGGCUUCAGCGCUACGCUCACAACUAUAUUGCAAUACUUGCCCCGUCAACGACGUACCGGUCUUUUUUCCGCAACACAGACAAAAGAACUCCAAGAUCUAGUCAGAGCUGGUCUAAGAAACCCCGUUUUAAUUAGCGUCAAGGAAAAAUCUUCGAUCAGUACUCCCAUUGCAUUAGAAAACUAUUAUAUAAUAGUGCAGCCGGAAGAUAAAUUUUUAUUUCUUCUUAAUUUUAUUAGAAACCGAGAGAUUUCAAAAGGACUUUUCUUUCUACCAACUUGCGCGUGUGUCGAUUACUGGGCGGAUGUACUUCCGGCACUCCUACCCGACUUGAAGAUAUUCUUCAUACAUGGGAAAAUGAAAUUAAAACGAAAUAAGAUACUGGAAAAAUUUAGGGCUGCUGAGAAAACAAUCUUACUAUGUACGGACUUAAUGGCAAGGGGGCUUGACAUCCCCGAGGUGCAGUGGGUGUUGCAAUGGGAGCCGCCCAGCAGCCCGGCGGCGCUCGUGCACCGCGCGGGGCGCACGGCACGCGGGGGCGCGAGCGGUUGCUCGCUGUUGCCGCUGCUGCCGGCGGAGGACGCCUACGUGCCUUUUAUCCGCGCCAACCAGCGCGUGGAGCUCGUGGAUUGGAGGAGCUCCACCGACGAGAUCAAGAUCACACAGAAGCUAAGAGAUAAAGUCCUGUCCAUACUACACGAACAACAGAUGCGUGACAGAGCGGUUCUGGACAAAGGACAACGCGCGUUUGUUUCCCACAUAAGAGCGUAUUCGAAGCACGAAUGUAAUCUUCUUCUACGAUUAAAAGAACUACCCCUAGGCCACAUAGCCACCAGCUAUGGUCUAUUGAAACUGCCAAUAAUGCCGGAGAUAAAGGAAGAGCAUAAGAAACAAUUCGUUGGGCCAAAGGAUAAGAUAGAUUACAAUAGCAUACCAUACAAAGAUAAACAGAAAGAAGCAAGUCGAUUGCAGAAGUUAGAAGAAUAUAAAAAUACGGGCACGUGGCCGUCUAAGAAGAAAAAGAAAAUGUUAAAAACGCAGCCAUGGGAAUUAGCAAAACAAAAUAAACUCGAGAAUAAAGAGAAAAGAAUGAAGCGGAAAGAGUUGAAAAAGAAACACAAAGAGGAAGGUAAAAAUGUUAAGAAGAGAAAGGCAGUAACGCAAGAAGAAUUGAGCGAACUAGCGGCCGAUGUGGCAUUGAUCAAGAAACUCAAAAAGAGGAAAAUUACUAAAGAACAGUUUGAUCAAGCUUUCGAUGUAGAUAAAUAAAUAUAUUCUGAUAUUAA